AAGAGCAUCUCCGCCCCUCCUUCAUUCAUAAUUUAAAAAUAGGAGUGGGAGAUAGGAACGUUUGCAACAUAUAAAGAACUCGUAAAUGUUAAGAAGAUGUGACAACUUUUUUCUCAACCAACAAGUAACUAAAUUAAGCCAAGGGAAGAAAUGGCUUGCACAUUAUUGAUUAUAAUCGGAAUUAUAGCACAAACUCUUGCAGUAAAUUAUAAUAACCUCGCUGAUGUACCAUGUGGGGUAGCAUUACCAAUUUCACGGAUGCCAAAAGUCGUGGGAGGUCAAAAUGCACUUCCACGUGAAUUUCCUUGGCUAGUGAGCAUUACAAGAAAAGGGGGCCACUACUGUGGAGGAUCGAUAAUUAACUCCAAGUUUAUUCUUACUGCUGCUCAUUGUCUUUGCUCUGGUACCGAUUCAAUUCCUGCGAGACAAUUUCGAGUCACACUAGGGGAGUACAAUUUACGAGAACCUGAGGUUCCUGCUGCUAUAGUAGAAAAUGUACGAAGAGUAAUAGUACAUCCAGAACACACGUGUGGACAAUAUGUGAACGAUAUCGCUAUUCUUGAAUUAGAAUCGCCAAUAACUUGGUCAGCAAGUGUACAACCAGCGUGUUUUCCAACAGCUCAAGGAGAACCUGGUUAUAGAUUGUAUGAAAAUGAACCAGCUAUUGCUGCUGGAUGGGGAUGGCUCGGCGAAGAUAGAUCAAAAUAUAAGCGAACCGAUGUCUUACAGAAAGUUGGAGUCAAUGUUGUAAAUAAUGAAAUCUGCAAAGAAUGGUAUAAAGAAGAGGGAAAAAAAACACGCGUAGAAUCUCAACAAAUGUGUGCGGGAUAUGAAUCUGGUGGCCGAGACGCUUGUUGGGCUGACAGCGGCGGCCCAUUAAUGGUCAAAAAUUUUUUAAAAGAGGGAACAAUUGUCGUAGGGGUUGUUUCUUCAGGAGUCGGUUGCGCUAGACCACGACUUCCGGGAAUAUAUACAAGAAUAUCUGAAUAUAUACCUUGGAUCAUGCAACAAACACAUUAAACACUUGAUUUAAAAACAAAUUUGUAAAAUCAGAUAAUUUUUCUGUGACCUAAGUACUCGAUAAAUCUACAAUCUAGUCAGUGACCAUUAACUUUCUUCUGUGAAAAUUUCAUGUACCUGAAGAUCGGAACGUUUUGCACGGAGCGAAAAUAAAAAAAAAAAACAGAAUGAAAAGUAAAAAUCUACUGGAUCUAGAUUUCUGAAAUGUUUCGCAUCGGUGCUAGGAUGUCAGCCGAAAAUUACAGGUCACCCCCAAACUCCAAAACUACCCCUUAAAUCAUGAGCCUGAAGUUAGCAGACAAAAGAAAAAUAAAAUAUUUGACAGCGGAUAUCUUUUAAACAAUUUGAAUUAUAAACAAUUAAAUGAAUGGAAUAGAAUUCUAUUGAAAUAAACUAGAUAUGCUAGCAAUUUUUUUUUUUUUUUUAGCUCACUGUUUUGGAUUUAUUCAAAAACAAAAUUUUUAGCAAGCUAACCUGACAUUUCAAAUGAUCGGAAUAACUUCAUAUUGUAUUACUUUCUUGAUGGCACUAUUAUCUAAGGGCGCCUUCGUUUUUUUUUUUUUUUUGAAAAUCGAAAAAAAACUUUAGCACGUCAUAAUUUUUGAACAAAUCGUUGAAACAAAAAAAAAAUCACCUCUUCGUUUUUUCAUUAUUUAGAGGUGCAAUUUUUUUAUUUUCGAAAAUUGCUGUCAUAUUUUGAAAAAAUGAUAAAAACAAAUUUUUCGAAUUUUUUAACUAAGCAUAUGAGUGAGAAAAAUUAUUUUAAAGAUUGAACUAAACAUGCCGUCUUUUUCUCUUUCCAAGAGAAGUCUAGAGUCUACAAAAAAUUCCAUGGCAUUUUAUGAUAAGUUCGGUAGUUUCGCUGGAAAAGUAAAAAGAUCUCGAAAUUUCCUAUAAAUUUGACUUCAAGCUUCCAUAACUUUUGAACAGAUGGAUUUAUCAAAAAAUCAUAAGAGACCUUUUUUGUAGAACAUAAAAUUCCCUACAAAAAUGUAUUUUAGGCUUAUUUUGGUAAAAAAAACGCCAUUAACGAGGUAUAAAAUUCAAAAAACUUAAAAUUUUGAUUGACUGAGCAUAUUGACCAUUUAAUUUUAGAAUAGAAAAAAAAUGAAAUCAUGCAUACGUAGCUCUUGGAAAGAGAAAAAGACGGCAUGUUUAGUUCAAUCUUUAAAAUAAUUUUUCUCACUCAUAUGCUUAGUUAAAAAAUUCAAAAAAUUUGUUUUUAUCAUUUUUUCAAAAUAUGACAGCAAUUUUCGAAAAUAAAAAAAUUGCACCUCUAGAUAAUAAAAAAACGAAGAGGUGAUUUUUUUUUUUUGUUUCAACGAUUUGUUCAAAAAUUAUGACGUGCUAAAGUUUUUUUUCGAUUUUCAGAAAAAAAAAAACGAAGGCGCCCUUAGAUAAUAGUGCCAUCAAGAAAGUAAUACAAUAUGAAGUUAUUCCGAUCAUUUGAAAUGUCAGGUUAGCUUGCUAAAAAUUUUGUUUUUGAAUAAAUCCAAAACAGUGAGCUAAAAAAAAAAAAAUUGCUAGCAUAUCUAGUUUAUUUCAAUAGAAUUCUAUUCCAUUCAUUUAAUUGUUUAUAAUUCAAAUUGUUUAAAAGAUAUCCGCUGUCAAAUAUUCUAUUUUUCUUUUGUCUGCUAACUUCAGGCUCAUCUUAAAUCACCCUUGAGCAGUCAAAUUAAUUAAGCAUAAAUUUUUUUAAUUUUCGUUGCACGAAAAACGUUCCGAUCUUCAAGUACAUAAAAUUUUAGAAUUCUAAAGAAACUGAUAUAAUUGCUUCAGUGCGUAUGUAUUUCUGUUAGUAUGUAAGUAAGUACGUAUGUAUGGGUGUAUGUAUGUAUGUAUCAAAAAAGUUAUAUAUGUAUUUCACAAUAUUUUUACACCAAUUUUGGUUAUUCUCGCCUGAUUGACAGGGUUCAUUAAAGCUAAAAGCUGUUUGACUUUUAGAUCAAUCAAUUAAAUCAGUGAUAACUUCCCGAAUGUAAAUAAAA